UUAAAAUUACUGACAAAUUAGUUGUUUCCUAGUCUGCAUUAGGUUAAUUAACAAGGCAUGUUAUUUUGAGGCGUGGUCAUUAGUUAGCUACUCAAUAUCCUCACAAUCUAAUUCCAGAAAGCAAUGUGGUUACUAUUUUUUAAUAACAUGUGACUUAAAACAUUUUUAUAUGAAGAAAGCAACCUCUAAAUUAGGUUUUCGUAAUAUCUUUUUUCAGUUUCCCUCCUUUAGCAGUUCACCAUUCCGAUUUCCCCCUGCAUAUGAUAAAAAAAAAAGAAAGUAGUCUUGUAUACAUCAUUUAUUGCAUAACAUUAACAACCUUACAUUAAAUUAACAUUAGCAUCCUUUAAGGUCGACAUUAAGGGAAAUAAAUCUAGCCAAAAAUAACUGCAAAUAGUAAUAAUUAUGAAGAAUUUGCCACCUGAAAACAGUUUCUUCAUUACACUUCUAAAAUUUUCCCUUGGGAAUUCUGAAACUUUUGCCACUGGCCGAGGGGGAGCGGAAGGAAUUUCUUCUUCUCUAUGAAUUACUGAUUUAAAAGCAACAAGUAUGAAAAGAAGCGGGCGAAUUUUGUUUCACUAAAAUCAGAGGUAGUAAAAAACGCUGAAAUAAUAUUCACGGGGUAAAGUGCUACCUUGAUAAACACAACUGCAGGGUCGUUAUGGCUAGUGUAUGUUCCAGUGACAAGGAGGAAUUCUUGCAAAUGAAGUCUCCAACAAAAACCGCAGAAGAGCCAAGUGUCAAAGUUGACUCUCAAGCUCUUCAACUUGAGCAACUAGCUGCUGGAAUACGACGUAGCAUUGUCUUAGAUGAAGAGGUUUUCGAAGAAACUUUCCUGCGCUGCAUGAUUUGCCGUGAUCGUUAUGAGGAAAGUGUAAAAGUUCCCAAAAUACUUCCAUGUCAUCACUCUUUCUGCCUGCCAUGUUUGAUGCAGCUCUAUUAUUCAGAGUGUGCCCAAAGAAACAGCCUCACUCAUUCUCGUGCAGUUGGUGUUGGUGGAACCAUAACGUUUCAAUGCCCCAGUUGUCGUAAUUCUUUUAUGACAUCAGAAAGUCAUGUUGUCCAACUACCAACUGAUCAUCGAGUUGUUCAACUGUUGGAUUUCGUCCGUCAUACAAAUACAUAUACAGUUAACUUCUGUUCCAAGCACCAUCUUCAGCCAUUGAACUUCUUUUGCGAGCCGUGCAUCAAACCUGUGUGUCGUGAUUGCACUGUCCUGGAUCAUAAGGAUCGACAUGGCCAUUACGUUAUGGAUGUAAACGAAGCACUGAAGAAGUAUCGCCCUGUUAUUGAGUCAGCAGUCUCUAACAUGGAAAAUGAAGCAACUUCUCUAAAGAGCAAAAGCGAAACUCUUGAAGAAUUGGUGAGAUCCAAAGAUACCAACAAUGACACUAUAAAAAAAGAAAUUAAAGACGUGUUUGUUGUCCUGAGAAAUGCCCUGGAGAACCGUGAGCAAGAUUUGAUUGAAAUAGCAAAUCAGAAUGUUUCGCGAGAAAAGCAACGGAUUAUACAGAUUAUGGAUAAGAUGGAAGAGAGACAAAUGGUAAUCAAGGAGGAAUGUUCAAAACUCCGAGAAGCUUUAUCUGACAGCAAUAUAGAAGAAAUGUUUAAUCUGCAUGAAAAUCUCAAGGCAAAAGCUAAAAACCCAAUCCAUGUAAGGGAGAUAGAUGACGGUCUCCAAACUAAUUUAUCCUUCCAUUCAAAUAUAGACUUUCUAUUAGAACAAAUUGAUAAUUUUGGUAAGAUAGAGGCACAGGUAACCAUAAACAACAUCUCAAAAAUGUCUAAAAGUAAUACAUAGGAGAAAUUAUGGAUUACUAGAUAGAAGUCAUGUCUAAUUCAAAAGGAAAUAAAAAAGCAGUUUUAAAUUACAAAAUUCACUGCUUAAGUACUUGGCAAAGUGCAAGGGUUCUUAUACCCACUCACCCCCACAAAAAAAAAAAAAACUCCCAUCAUUAUGUAGGAAUCUGCAGAAUGAAAUUCAGUGUUUUCACUCCAAUCAAGGAACUGUAACUGUGCUCAAAUUAUCAAAAGGGAAUAUUUUCGAUACAAAAACUUUACUAAAUUUAUUCCUUGUCAAUGACUCUUACAGUAAUUAAAAAGACUGAAAUGAUAAAAAGAAUUAUUUAUAUGUAUUUAUAUAUUUAUGUAUGUUUGCAUAAAUAUUUGUAUUAAAUUUAUGCACUUUGAACAGUUGAAGUAUAGGUGCAUAAAUUAUCUUGCUUUCUGUUCAUCAAGAAUUUAAUCAUCCAGCUUCAUGCAAGCAUUUCAUUUCUUAAUGUCUUACUUUGUAAUUGUAUGCAUUUUGAAAACCACUUAUUUAUUUAUUUACUAUAGACUGUGAUCAGAUAUACAUUUUUCUAUAAUUUAUUUUGAAUUGAAUAACUGAUCAGUUAAUUGUAGCCUGUGUCUAUUAUAUGUAUAGCUUUUUUCGCUCCAAUGUCACAUUAAAUCUUAACUUACAUUCAUGGAUUUUGUGAAUCUAACAAAUCCAUGGAUAACCAACAUUUCCAUUCAUUCUUGCAAUAAAAAUAAAAAAUAAAAAAACUCA